CGGUAAGUUCACUCCUCCAGUUUCAGCCGUCGGACCCGUGCAGCCAAAACAUUUCCUCCUCUUGCUUUUUCUCCCGGGUUUCACAGAUCUACUCAGACGUAACGUCUUGGAAAUAACAUUUGGAAGAAUCUGCGUCUCAGUAGCUGAAUGAUGGAUUUACGGAUUUUACUCCCUGCUCUCCUGCUUGUCUUCGGUUUGGCGACAGUUUUCGCCCAGUCUCCCGCACCUGGCCAGGCUUGUGAGGAAAAGAAUGGGACAACCUGUGAGGACUGUCUGAAAAAUGUGACGUGCUUGUGGUGUAUCAAAACCAAGUCGUGUAUUACAUAUCCAGUGAGGACCAUCCUUCCACCCCAUGCACUCUGCCCACUGAAUGAUGCACGCUGGGGGCUCUGCUGGAUGAACUUCCAGAUACUGAUAAUCACCUUGGCAGUGAUCGGUGGAGUUAUCAUCAUUGCCUUCCUGGUCUGCUUGUUCUGCUGCUGCAAGUGUGAGAACUUUGGAACCAAAAGGUUUGAGGCCAGGAUGCAGCGACAAGCCAAUAAGAUGAAAACCAAGCAGGAAGAAAGGAAGGCCGAGAUGAAACAGAGACAUGAGGAAAUCAGGAAGAAAUAUGGUCUAAGUGGGCAAAACCCCUACUCCAGGUUUGCGUGAGAGUUUCAGUGAACUGACAUUUUGCACCAUGAACCUCCCGCUCUUACCAGAACUCUGAUGGCUCACAGACAGCAACAGACUGCCUUGUGGUUGUGAGUGAAGACAUGACCUGAAAAUUAAUGUAAAUUAUAAUUAAAGUGACCUUAAAAAGUGACAGUAGUUUUAUAUAGACAGCCUCUAGUGUCAUUCAGCCAGUGAACAGGAAUGUUAUGUUCACUGUAAUGAUCCAUAAGGCUGUAACCAAAGGCUAUAAUAGACCCAUGUAGCAGCAGUGUUCUUCAGUACUAUAGUAGUCUAUCAUAUGAGUUUAACAUAAGUUUAAUUGUACAGUAUGUAAAGAAUCUUGUUUGGUGGCUGAAGAAUUCUUUCCUUUUGCUUCAGAAAGUCUUUUGCAUCUGUAAAUUCCCAGAUCAUUUUUUGUUGCUCUGAGUUGCUGUGGAGUUUGGAGAUAUAUUUAGAAAUUAUAAACUAUUUUGUACUGGGUGUGAUUUUUCUCAUUUCUCGUUUUUGAUUAUUAGGUUCAGAAAUUAUGUUCAUUUUAUGAUGUCAAAAUUAAAACUUGAAAUCUUCCAUCCCCUGAAUUAAUAUAUCAAUCAUGAACUUAAGUUGACUGCGUUGAUCCUGAAGUUAAAUUGAAGUCAGCCUAAUUCUGCUAUUACCUGGAAAUUCCAUAAGGACACAAAGGCCAAAUAAAAGAUUUUGGACUGAUAAUUAAUUGCCCAGUGACACUGAACUGUUGUUGUGUUUAUGUAUUGCUUGCGAUGUGCUUUCAUUAAAAUGACAGCUUUUACCUUCA